CCGCAGUCGCUCUUGGACAUGGUGUAAUUUUGUUUUUUCCACGGACGAUUUUCACUCUUGGAGUUAACACAGCUUGAUCGGACUAAAUUCUGUUGGGUGCAGGUGGAUGGAAGUGUAUAUUGGGGCGUAGGCCUAGUGCUAUUUCGUAGGCUGGGUGUUGGCCUCAUUCUGCAAAAUCUGGAGGCCAGAGAAAAUGUUUUCUCCCAAGAUGACGUCUCUCUCGUGGCUGAGGAGGAAGAAGCCUAGGAGGGCAGGGCCAGGCCUGCUUUCCCUCCUCACUCUCAUUCCGAUCUCUUCAGUGUUCUUUUUACUAAGCCUAUCGUCUGUCAAUGCGACAGAGCACCACCAUUCGGGGCUCCGCAAAAUAGGCCCCAGCCAACAUUCGGAGAUUUGGAGGACGCUGGCCCUAGAGAAGAGUGGAGGAGGGUCGCACCCCCACACCACCAGAAAGGAAAGCACCUGGGCAUGGACUUGUACCCUCAGAGCGCGAAUUUAGACCCCCUCACGCUCUGGGCAGAGAGAUUGAAGGCCACCUCCGAAUCUGGUGGCAUGUCAAGGUCGAAAGGGCCAACAAGGCCUCGGUUCCACAGUUACGGCAGAGUACACCACAAUGGAAGGAACGGUGACCUGGUCGCGAGACCUACCCGACAGACCCUGAGUGCCGCGCGUGCCCUCGAUCAGGCGUCUCACCUGUUGCUGCCAGAAAAUUUAGGCGUGUCGGUGAUGUCGCACAGUGCGGCGCUGUCUUCUGACGGGAGAGACAACAUCACCGAUAUCAUAAACUCUGUGGUUAUCAAAGGUGAAUUUGGGACGGUCAUCACAGGGAGGAUCAACAAGACUACGGAGUAUUUGUUUGAAUUCUUCUAUAACACUUCUCAGUUGGAGAAAAAUGCUGUACGUGUAACUGUAAGCAGUGCUGAUUGUGACUAUACAAAUCCAUUGUUGGUGGUGGUUCGACAGCAGCGAGGUGUCCUCUCCUGGCAGCUUCCUUUGGAACCCCCAUCCAGCGAUGUUAUUCUUGAAGAGUAUCGGACAGUUUCAAGAACACUGUGUCCUGUUAAAAACUACAAAGUCAUGUUACAAGGCUCUUUGGACACCAAGCAGAGACUGUUUAUUGAUUUGUCGACCUCUUCACCAAAAAAUAUAACAUAUAGUGUUACAGCUGAAUUUGAAGAUAAUUUUCACAUUGAACUCCACAAUCUGCAGACUUUUGAAAUUACUCCAUCACAGCCUGUAUUUUACGAAUUUGUGUUUCCUGAUGAUGUGGAAAUGGUUUUGGUCAAAGCUAAUGCUCAGGAUGAUUUUUGUGCUAUGGUAGCCAUUCAGAACAUAACAUGCCCUGUUUUUGACAGUGAAGAGAAUGUUCAGUAUGGAAAUUUCUAUCAGACCAUGACAUAUCAAGCAGGGAUCACUGUUAGGAAAAGUGAUUACCCCAAUGGCUUUUAUAUUGUAGUGGUAAUGCUAUCGAAUGAUGAACCUUGCUCUUCGAAUUACCAACAUGUGUACCGGACUCGUAAGAAGACAGUCACUUUGCUUGUGGAGGAAAAGAUAACGAAAGUGGAAUAUUUAGCUGCAAUAUUUGCUGGUUUAGGAUUCUGUGCCUUUUUCUACAUUGUUACCAUUGUUUUAGGCUGCAUAUCAUACAUAAGAUCUAAGCGUAAGCAGCCUCGAGAAAGGAGCAUGUUGGAUGAUUCAAUCAUUGGCUCCCCAGAAGAUAUUGCUACAGCAGGACCUUCACCAUCGUAUGCUGCCAUUAGUGGAAAUGCUGAGAGUGGCAGUAAGGACUUGCCCUCACCUCUUCCUCGCACUGUGUCAGACUCUUCCUUGGAUGAAGAUGAUAUUGAUAUGCUCACUGAUGCUGAAAGUGAAAAGGAAAUUUACAGAACUAAGGCCUUUUUGUAUGUUAGUGAUCUGGCAAGGAAGGACAUGCGUGUUCUCACCAAGAAGUCGGAACUGUACAUAUGGGGCCUUAUAACUGUUGGUGUUUUUUAUGCUGUUCCUGUUAUGCAACUUGUAAUUACUUAUCAGAGGGUCCUGGACGAAACUGGAAAUCAAGACUUGUGCUACUACAAUUUUUGGUGUGCUCAUCCACUCGGACCUCUUAGUGAUUUUAAUCAUGUGUUUUCAAACAUCAGCUAUAUUCUCUUUGGUAUUCUGUUUAUUGGGGUGUGUGCUCGUCGGAACCACCAUCAUAAGUUGGCAGUUCAAGCCGAUUACAAAAUUGAUAAGUAUUAUGGAAUACCCCAGCAUUUUGGCAUAUUCUAUGCUAUGGGGGGUUCACUCAUCAUGGAGGGACUUCUUAGUGCCUGCUAUCACAUAUGCCCAAAUAAUUCCAACUAUCAGUUUGAUACAUCUUUCAUGUAUGUGAUAUCUGUGCUGUCCAUGCUGAAGAUAUAUCAAACCAGACAUCCAGACAUAAAUGCUAGUGCCAGUGCUGUGUAUUCAGCCCUAGCAUUUGCUGUCCUUUUGGGUGUUAUAGGAGUAGUUGCUGGAACUGUUUACUUUUGGAUAAUAUUUGGUUUGAUCCAUGUUACCUCGUGUCUUCUUUUGUCUGGACAUAUAUAUUACAUGGGCAGAUGGAAAUGUGAUUUGAGCGUUUUCAGGCGUUUUAAAUCCUGGUUUUUGAGUGAGCUUAGUUACCCUUGGGGCAUGUUACGUCCAAUGUAUUGUGAUCGCAUGGUGCUUUUACUCCUUGGAAAUGCUGCUAAUUGGGGUUUAGCAAUUUAUGGCAUGGUUUGGACACCAUCGGAUUUUGCAUCGUACCUCCUCAUCAUUUUCCUCACAAAUCUUCUCCUGUACAUUGCAUUUUAUAUUAUCAUGAAGUUACGUCAUGGAGAGCGGCUCCUUUUGCAGUCAGUUGUGUAUCUUGUAUUGUGUUUGUUAGGAUGGGGUGCAGCAAUUUUCUUUUACUUGCACCACACUACCACUUGGGCAUUAACGCCAGCACAUAGCAGACAGUACAAUCAAGAAUGCUUGCUGCUUCACUUUUAUGACACCCAUGAUGUAUGGCACUUCUUAUCAGCCGGAGCCAUGUUCUUUGGAUUUAUGCUUCUUCUCACUUUGGAUGAUGACAGAGCUCAGAUUCCCAGAGAAAAGAUUCCAGUCUUUUAAGUUUAGUUUUCUGGCUUGUUUUCAAUUUUUUAUUGUAUAUUUGUUUCUGAUAUCAUCUUUGUGUAGUAGAAAAACAGAAAUAUAUUGUUUACAUAAGAGUUUUAUGCCAGAAUGGAAGGGUUUUCAUUUUCUGGAUCUUUGUACAAGUGUACAUACAUGACAUAUCAAGCAGUCUUUAUUUUUCUAGUUAAUAGCUAGAUUUUUUCUGUAUUGGGCUUUGGUUUUUUCAUGCACAUUUAGUGUAUAUAUGAAUUUCAUCAGUAUGCAAAUUUUUCUUGUACUGUUUGCCCACAUUCAGUUGGACUUUGAAAAAAUGCAAAAUUUCACAGAAAUUGUGGAGUACAAGAAAUGAAAUGGUAAAGUGGAAAAUUGAUUUGAAAUGGCUGCAAGCAAAUCUAAAUGAGUACAUACACUAUGAGAAAGCACUGAGGAUUGCAUAAGCCUAUACAUUUUAUAUGCUUCACUUCAUUUUCAAUGUCUUACAACUUUAUGUGGAUCUGCAAAGAAUAAGUCCUCUGUAUACAAGAGCAAUUAAUCUUCUGAUUGAUGUCAGUCCAACUUUAUAUUUAGUAUUUAAUGUAUUAUUUGCUUCAGGUCGUCAAGUGUGAUAUAAGUCCUUUUCUGAGUUUGGACAAGCAUAUUUUUGCCACUGAUAUUCAGGGAAGUAUUACUAGACCAGAAAGAAUUGGUAAUAUCUUUACCUUGUCAAGGUUGGGAACUGCAUCGGUGGUUUCUUGCCAUAAUUGAGUAUACAUUCCAAUAUUAGAGAAAGUUAAGGCUCUGCUUUCCGUACUUGUAGCAUAUGAAAAUGAAGCCGUAUAAAAACUAAUGAUACAAAACAAUAAUUGAUAGUACUAUUCAAAACUAAAUGCAAACAGUAAGCCAUAAGUAACAAAAUUUAGAGAAGAGGAGCUAAAUUAAAAAGAACAUUUUAACUUCUUGGUAACAGUUUUGUUAAUGAACUUAACCUGUUACGUAUAUGUUCAGUAAAGCACAAUUUUUUUUUUUUUAUUGAGGAAGCAAAAUCAUCAGUUUUGUUAAAUCUGAUGGUAAUAGUCCCAUCUAACUGUUAGUCUUAUCCUUAGUUAUCUGAAAAAAAAAAUAUAAUGAAAUUUCUGUCUUGUCUAUUUCUGUUUUCUCAGUUUUUGGUGACCAUUUUACCGAUUAUGUAUUGUGGCAUAGAAUGCUAUCACAUUCCCUGACUGAAUUGUAUUGAAAUAUUGUCUUUUGUACUGUAGUGCUCACAUCAAUAGACUAAAAGCAGAAAUUCUAGUGGAAGUCACUUGUUUGCAUGCUAUAGUGAUUUUAUAAUGCCCUGUAAAUUUGUUCAAACUUAUAGAGGAAUGAUGGUGAAUGUAGGAUUAAGGUCAGUAAUUAAUAACUUGGAGGAGUAUUCUAAAUUAGCCCUUUUUCUACUCGGCCCUUUUAGUCCCAAGAGGCCUCAUUACAUCCAUUCAUAUAUUUUGUAGAACUUUGUAUACAUACCUGUGUUUCCUUUCUUCUGUAUGUGCCAUGCUUUGCCCAUAUGUUAUCCAGCUUGGGAUCCUCUAGUCUGCUCUGGAAACUGGUGAGGAUGGCAGUACAGUAGCAGUAGCUCUCAACUUACCAGCUUUCUUUACUCAGUUACAUUAUUUUAGUUGUAUUAUGCUAGGCUGCCAUUUUAAAUUUGAUUUGAUAGUAUCAGUAUAAAUUAAAGCUGGUAGGUUAGGUUUUGCCUCAUGUUGUAAGGAUUUAUCCCUGAAACAUUUGAUAAGUUGACAUGCUUGCACCUAGGAUUUGUUCAGUAAUGAGAGUUGAAAAUUGAGCAGAUAAAGUUAUAGAAGAUGGACAGUUAAAUAGAAGAGAUCAAAUGCAACCAGUGGAAGGUAAAAGGGAUGCAGCGAAGAACUUUUAGUACUAUCAACAUUGGACCUGUAAGUGGUACUUCCACGAGAGAUAGUUGGUUUGUGUGUGUGAAGGACUUGAUAUGCUAUAUUUGUAUUUAGAGAAAUAAAAAAAAUACAAUUUGUAGCAAAAGGCAAGUAACAAUCAACCAGGCUUCAUUGGGAGCAGGUCACUUGAUACAGCAUUCCUUUGUCUGCUGGAAAACUGUUAUUGUUCUUGAAUCCUUUAUACCAUGUUGGUUUUUGACAUUAACAAGUGAUACAUACAGAAAAUAGGCAUGUUUUUACAAGACAGUUAUAUAUUGUUGUUAAUGGAAGAGCAAUUCUGUUUGAUUCUCCACAGUUUCUUCUUUUAUUUGAAAGGAUAUGUACUCUUCUCUCUUAUGGACAUAACUAGGUGAUAAAAGUUUGUGGAUAUUGAGUUUUUUUUUUUUUUUUUUUUUUUUUAACUGAUAGAUAAAGAUAGUGAAGGAUCCAUUUUGCUUGCUGUUUUGCUGAUUUCCAUAAGUUUGGGUGUCCAAUUUUUGACGAAAUAUUGCAUAAUGGUUCAACUAUUUGGUUGUAAUUUUAGGUCCAUUAAUGGUUCUACAUCAUUCUUCUUUGUACCAUUAUUAUUUGUGCUGUUUCUUUACAGUCCUUGAACAUUUGUUUCCCCUUGUAAAUAACUUGAAACUGUCACUAAGGAAGAUAGUGUACGAAAGGUCUUGAAAAUUAUUAAUAUGCUGCAUCAAGCCUCUGGAUAUACUUGUUAAAUAGGUUUUAGGUGUAAGUUUAUGAUUUGUGCCUGUGCUGUCUGUGUUGUUGUAUUUUGUAUAUGUUUAUAUUGCCACAAGACAAGAAACACAUAAAACAGGGUAAUGAAAUGUGAGAAACUCAGAAUGAUAAUGCACACAGAGCAGAUUGACAUAAUUUGGCUGAAGUAUGGAAGUAAUAGCUGUUAAACUUGAGCAGAAAAGGACAAGGACAGACUGAGACAAAUAAGAUAACGUACAAAAAGGAGAAAGAAAAUUUGUUCAGAUGAAGUUUGACCUACUGAGGAAUACUGUACUUAAUGUUAAUUCAGUCAUCAAGCAGUCUCUAUAUAGCUAUGACUAAAAAGCUUGUUAAGAUCAAGAAAGAUAACAAAAAUAUGAUGAAAAAUGAAAAUGUUUUAUAGUAUAUUACAGACUUUCUGUUCUUACCAGAUUGAAUUCUUAUACCACUACUAUUGAGUUUUUUCAGUGUUGUACCUUUUCUUUAUAUUGUUAUGAUUUCAUGCAUGUGCAGAUUUUGCAUUGUUUUACUAAGGAGAGUAAUUUUUCCCUUGUAGAAGUUUCAUGCUACUGUAUAAAAAAAACACAUUCUUUAGGAAGUGUAUGCUCUCUUCUGGAAUACGGUGUAUGGCAAAGAAUCUGCUUGAAAAGUAUUAUUGUUAAUAAUCAAUUUGAGCAAAGCAUAUCCUUUUUUUGUGUGCACAGCCUUUGUUUUUGCUCAUAACUUUAAACUCAUGGUAACUAGGCAUCAGUUUUAAUAUUUAUGAAUCAGAUUUCAAUGGAUGCUGUAGCAUUAUCAGUCAGUGGUCUCCUUAGAUUUAUUUAUUUAUUGUAGGGUUGAUUAAUUAUUACAUACAUAUUGUAUCUGGUAUCUUUUCCCCAAAGUAAUUUCAGUGUGCAGAUCAUUAAUUAGAACUACAAUUCAGAUUGAGGAUGUGCAGUCAGUACAUAUUGUGAUUCAUGUGCUGCCCUUCAAGUUGGGAUCAAAGCUGAGAAAUGUUAUUAUGCAUCUGAUGUCCUCUCUCCAAAGUACUUCCUAUUAGUGAUUUGAACUUCUGUUAUUUUCCAUUGUGCUAUCACCCUGUUAUUUUCCAUUGUGCUAUCACCAGUGAGAUUUGUGAUCUGUGACCAAAUAUGCUGUAAAAUUAAUUUUAGGUUGUCUGAUAUUCUUUUUAAAAGUACUAUUGACGUAUAUAACCCUCUAUUAUUUUCUUCUUACCAAACAAAUGUUUAUAGACAGAUUAGUUUGAGUCAUUUAUAUUACUUUAUUUACCAAAAUGCUUUCUGCAAAGGACACAUUGGCUAUACACAUUAAAUGAAACUAAUGUUGGUGCUUCCCAGAUGUGUUGAAAUUGUUUUCAACGUUCUGGAUUCUUUUAUAGAGUGAAUACGUAAAGUGGUUUUUUGCGUAUACUCAGUGGUUGUUUGUGGUUAUGUGAAUUAUAUUAUAUUGGGAAUUUUUUUUAUUAUAUGUAUAUUUUUUGGAAUUGGUUUGUGAUGAUAAAAAUGGUUUCUUGUUAACUUUUGAGUUAAUUGUUAAACUUUGAAAAUAUUUUGGAAAUUCAUGGUGAUGCUCGAUUCUCUUGAUUUAUCCUUUGAAUCUUGUUAUUUGCUCUUUGUCUAAACAACAGGCAUACUGUUGGGAAAUACGAUUUGGAGGUAUUUCUCUGUCAGUUACAUACACUGUAUAGUCUUGAGAUGCUUUUGCAUAUGCCACACUUGGUGUUACAACAGUUCAUGAACUAACUCAAAACAUGCCCAAGAAUUCUGUUAUCAAUAGGGAAUGAUGAAUAACUAUGGAAAGAACUCUGUGAAUUUCUAAUGAGUACUUGCAAUAUGCAUAGCAUUUGUUUUUUAGAUAUUUAAUGAAUUAUACAGAUACUAGUAGCUGCAAAUUUCUACCUCAGAUUGGAGUUGAAUCCAAACUAGGUCAGAGGGUAUGAAGGAACCAGGUAACUCCUCUGGUGUAUUGUAAAGGAGUUACCUGGUCAGGCUGUACAGUUUGCUUCUAAAUACAAUUGAUGGACUUGAACAUACAUUACAUAUGUGUAAUAUAGAAAUAAAUUUCUACCUCACAGCUGAGUCAAACUCAGGAUCUCUGGGUAUUGCCCACAUCUCUCACCAUGUAGGGCAUGGGUUUGAUCAUCUUGCAAGGUUGAAAUAUAUUUCAGUAAGUUGAAUGUUACGUGUACUGAUAUCUGCUAUUACCUGGUGUGCCUUCAAAGUUGCAGUAGUAGACUUGAUUGCAUUAUCAUGUAUUAAUAAAAUGACUGCCAUCCUUGAGAAUUUCUUGAAAUUACAUGAUAGCUUAAGGUGAAAUAAUUAAGCAAAAUGGUAAUAAUGCCAUAAACACUGACUAUGAAUUAACUUUACUAACAUCUCAUGCUCCAGUACAGAGAGAAAGAUAGAUUGUUAAAUCAUUGUAAUGAGUAAAGCGGUUGUUAGAAGCUAAUUUGAGACCUGUUUGUCAAAGUAACAUUUUGAUGCUUUAGCUUUAUGGUCAUCCUUGUAAACUUCAGAAGCCUGUGCUGUAUUUCAAAACAAGUUCUCUAGCUUAAACUUUUACUCUUCCAUUAUCUUGUAACCAAUUUCAGUAAGUCCAUGUUUCCAUUAUUUUCUAGACAAUUACAGUAUAAAUCCAUACUCAGUGUGCAUAGACCUGACUGAUUAAACGUUUUUAUAUGUUGAAUAAUGAAAUUUAGCAUUUGUUUUCUUUUUUGGAUGGCUAAGUAAGCAAAGACCAAAGGGAAUGGCUGAAAAGUAAAGGGAUGAAAGCACAUUCUUAAGCGGAAUCCCAUACAUGAAACAUAAAAUUGCUUACUGUGGGUUUUGUAUUUUACAUUCAUUCAUUUUGUUCAUUUCUUAGUGUUUUAGAAGAGCAAGAUGUAUGAUGUUGUUCAUACCUUCACUAAUACGAAGUGUUGUACAACCACCCUUUUAGAGUGUAGUUUUCUGUAGCAAUGCCAGCGAUGCAGUAGAAACCUAAAAACAAAAUAGUAUGUUAACUGAUGUUUUGCUUGGAAUUGUUUGUAUUUUUAUUUAAUGUUUACCAUCCCUUUUCACUGAACAGGGAAGCAUUCCAUUACAAUUAGCUUAUAAUCUAGUGUUACUGUAGUUUGUUGUUGUAUAUUUGGUGCACAUUAUAUAGUAGGAUUUUGUCUUUCCUUCAUUCUGGAAGUGUGAAGAUGGAAAAAUGCUUGUAGCAUUUUUUUCUUAACACUAUAAAGAGGAUAUACCUAUCAGUUUCAGUGUUAUAUAAUUUCUUAAGUACAUACCAUGUAUAUCCUAUAGUGGAUUGAUUUGAAUAUUGUAAAUUUUUCAAAAAAUUGAAAGCAAAUUACUCAGGCAUAGAAGGCUUUUAAACUUGAGCUUAGCUAAUUUAGGUUAAUGAAAAAUGGUAAUGAAAUUAUUAACAUUAUGAGUCUUUGAAAGAAAGUGAAAGAUGAUGAGAGAUUAUCAGAACAUAUUGGGAGGUGUGAAAGACCCAGUUCACAUUACCACUAUAAGCAAAUAAUUGGAUUCCUCUUCCAUAUACCAGCUUUAACUGUGUAGGGGCAUGUAGAUUACAUACAUGCAUGCAUGCCUAGUCAUCGUUAUGACGUAGAAUUAACAUAACUUUACAUAGUGCUAAAAGAUUAAGUUUAUAGUUUUUAAUUUUACUUAGUAUUCUGCCACAGGUGAGCUUUGUUCAGCUUUUCUAAAUCAUGUAGAAUACAUAUUGGAUUAAGUUAUGAUAAUUUGCUUUAGAUCCUUAAUGAAUUUGUUAGAGACCAUUUAAAACUAGCAUUAAGAAAAUGUAGUUUGAAUAGUGUAGAUAGAGCAUAUACAUACUAGUAUAUAUAUUAACAAGUAGAUAAUGUAUGGUAGAUUUAUUUUUUUAUACUGUAAUUCUGACAUUUAUUGUGGAAAUAUCUGGUAAUGUUUUGAAAUCACUUUUAACCCUUUUGAGACUUUUAAUAAAUUCAGCUGAUUCUGAGUUACUAAUAAUUUUGGUUGUGAUUCUUGCUGCUUUCCUGUUAAGGAAUUGCAACCCCCCUUUUUUUUCUCAUUUACUCAUGUUUCAUUUGUUAUUAAACCUACUGAAAUGCUUAGUGUGUCACUUUUAGGAAGUUGGUUCCAGGGAAACAAAUUUGUAUUUCUGCCAGUGCUGUCUGUAAAUAUUAUGGUCAACUGGAGAAGCUAUGUUAAAUGUUUCCUUUAGGUUUUGACUAUUAUUAACAUUCUGGUAAUGUAUGAAAAAACAAAUUAGCAUGUCCACUUGCUUUGGAAUGUCCAGUAGUUGGUGUUACACAUUAGUAGUCAUAAGAGUUACUAAUGUUUUGGGGACAAUUAUUUUAUUUAAAAGCUUUGUUUUUUCAACUGUUGAGGUUAAUAAGAAAUACUGUAUAAGCACAAGCAUACUUGUUGUAACUAUGACUGUUUCUGGUGGUUUAGACUUACCAGGUAUAUAAGUGUAUUGUAUUAUUUACUAUGUUUGAGAAUUAUGCACUGUAUUUGUAGAAAGAAAUAUUAAAAUUAAUGGCAUGUUACUUAAAUAGCAUAGUGUUCAGUUGUAACUUUUGAUUUCUUUCCAGUAUUGAUUUCUUUCCAGUAAGUUAGCAACAGCACUGAGCUGGCCACAUAGAUAUGUCAGAAUGGCAAGCUCUUUGUUAUACUUUACAUGAAUGCUGAGGUAUGCACAUUGAAAAGAGAAUGGCAAUAUCCAUGAUUUAUUGAUAGGGAGAGAGUUUUGCUUGGGAAAAUUAGUAGUAUUUAUUCCCAUGCUUUAAGGUUAAAAUUUUGUCUAGGUUAUGUAAAAUAAGAUGAUAUUUAAUGAGAAUACUCAAGGAGCCGUUGCUUCUCUUUUCAGAGUAUAGUGAAUAUGAUUUGGUAAUGUCUUUAAAUAAUUUUUAGGUUAUCAGUUAUAUGGUUAUAGGGACAUAAAAAAUAAUUAGCUUUAUUUCUGUUAUUUGGUUUUGUACUCUGAUACUAAAAAACAAAAACAAAAGCCAUCAAUAUUAAUUUAUAUUUUCUUUUCAAGUUAGUUAGAGUUGAAAACCCCUGAAAUUUAAGCGAAGAUUGAAUAAAUUUUAUGAAACAUUGAAACUUGAUAAGUUUAAUAUUGACCUCAACAUGCUUGGUGGGUUACAAAAGACAUAUCCCUUUAGGUAGAUUCUAUAGUAGCUAAGUGGUAUUCAACAUCCCAAAAUAACUCAAAACGGAUAAUUUAAUUAAAUUGUGACUCAAGGGCAAAAGAAGGAAUGUACAAUUAACUCUUAAAAGAUUAUAGAAUUUAGUUAUUAGCAUUGUUUUUACACUUUCAUGUUUACACAAUUGGCACUUUCUCAGAUUUUCUUUAUGAACUACACUUUAAAAAUGUCAUAAAUAUAAUACAAUGUAAUUACAGUCAACCCCCCAUAAUCACGGACUCCGAAUUCGCGGAUUCGUGUAUUUGCAGAUUUCUCUCUGGAACAUAUAGUAUAUCCCCAUUAUUCGCAGAAAAUUCACCUAUUCGCUGUAUUUUUCUAUGAGAAUUAUCCACAAAUUCCUGGUUAUUUUUUCCCUCAAUUUCACCAUAAAAUGCACUUUUUGUGAUAAAACUAUGAAAAAAACCAGAUAUAAAUAUUUUUAGUUGGGUGUUUUCUUGGCUUUUAACUAACAAAAUAGUCAGUUUUAAGUGUUUUUUUUAUAGGGGCUUCAACUAUUCGUGGGGGUCUGGUAUCCAUUCCUUGCGAAUACGGGGGAACACUGUACAAUCUAGAAACCACUCAAAUGCUGAGUAUUAGUUGGCAAUUUCCAAAGUUGUAUAGUUUCUAGUCGUAACAUGCAUACAGAUUUUCCUCUCUAUUCUGUUUACAAAAGGACUAUGCUAGUGAUGCAACAGCAUUGUGACUAAUGAAACACAAGAAUAGGAGCAGUAACCUUUUGAAAAUCAGUGGGCAACAUUUAAGGGAUAGUAAAGAUUUGUUUUGAAAUGUACUUAGGGUUACAUAAAAAGUUAGGGCUUUUAUGAUGGUGUGUACAGCAUUAUUCCUGUAUUGUGUACCACUUUUAGUGUAUAAUUUACUUAUGAGAAUGCUUUUUGCAGAAUCUUUGAAAUACUUAAAAACAUGGAGGUGUGUGACAGACAUUUUUGUAAGGAUAAAAUGUUUUGGCAAUGCUUAUUUCAUAUAUGUACUACUGUAUAUGGUAUUGUCCUUUUGUAUGCUUUAUUUUUACAUUAUUGUUAUACUUUUACCAUGUAAACUUUUUUUUAAACUUUUGAGGUUACAUUGCAGUAGUUGGUAUUACUGCACUUACGCAAAGAUGUGAAUAUGAGUAUGACAAAUAAAUGAUAAUGUCCCUACUGGAGCUUAAUGUGUAUCUAUGUGCAGUAAGAUCAUAUGGCUGAAGUGGGAACUAGAGAAUAUAUAUUAUACCCUUUGCGCCAGGUUCAUGGGUCUUUUGGACAAGUUCAACAACUUAAAAUAUAAGAUAACAUGCACAAUGUAGCGACACAUUCAAGGUGUUCUCUAUGAUGUGAAAUGGCUUUAAUUAUUGUGUUAUUUAAUAAAGAAUUUAUACUGUAA